AUGGACAUAGGGAGUGUGAGUGAGUUCUUUUUUCUUUUUUCUGUUCAUGCAGGGAAUGCAAACACGACGGACGGGAAGCAGGAGGAUGACAAAAGUGAGCAGUGGUUUGGAGCCACCGUCAAGAGCGGCGGACCUGAUGGCCCGAUCCUGGCAUGUGCCCCAAGAUACGUGUUCUACACCAAGCAGAGACGAGAUCGAAGGGACCCAGUAGGAAACUGCUUCAUCGCAUUGCCGUUGCAUUCUGGUGCCUAUUCUGGGUUCGAGUUCGAGCCCCGAUCUCCCUGCCGGACGUCGGCCUGGGGGUAUCACAGACAAGGAUCGUGCCAAGCAGGAUUCGGGGCGGACCUGUCUCCAGAUGGAAAUUGGACUUUCAUCGGCGCCGUCGGCAGCUGGUACUGGCAAGGUCAGGUGUUUUCGUACGACGAAAAGCCUCGAGAGGUGGUUCAGUACGCAACGCCGGAAGGGGGUUCCACAGAAGACAACUCCUACUUUGGCUAUUCCCUUGCGGUGGGGGAAUUCACGGGAGAUGCAGAGCCCGACAUAGCCGUCGGCAUGCCUCGAGGCAUGGGACCCGACGGCAAGCCCCUCGUCGGCAAGGUGAUCCUGAUGUCGGCAACCCUAGAACGACUGCACAACCUGACAGGGGAAACGUUCGGUGAAUACUUUGGCUACUCAGUGGCCGUGUGCGACGUGAACGGGGAUGGACGUGACGACGUCCUCGUCGGAUCCCCUCUCUACACAGACAAAAACGAUCCCAUGCGGUGGGAAAUCGGCAAGGUCUCCGUCGCCAUGCAUAACAGCGUCUCUCAGCGAAGUUCUCGAAAACUAUUCCAAGACCGAUCGAAAACACCCUACAAGCAGCUUUUGGAUGCACAGAUGGAGAAGCUCAAUGUUGAUGCGCACAAGUUCCGUCGUUGGGAUCUGAUCGAGGGAUUCCAGAUCCGAUCUCGGUUCGGCAUGGCCAUCGCAUCGCUCAAAGACUUGGAUCGAGACGGCUUCGGAGUAGGGGCUCCAUACGGCGGGGAAGACGGACGUGGUAUGGUCUACAUCUUCCGGGGAUCCUCCAACGGCGUCAUCAAGGAACCCUCACAGGUAGUCUACUCUCCAACUUCCAUCUCGACGUACGUCACUGAGACAGAAACAAAUUACCCGAGGCGAGAAAUAGAGGCUCGACCGAUCGUGAAUAUCACCGGAUUCAUGGAAUUCAACGCGAACUUGAAAAUGAUCGACCUGGAGACUCGGAGAUGCGUUCUACCGAGGAGUGGGAUUAAUGUUCCCUGCGUCACCUAUCAAUACUGCCUCGCCUAUUCGGACAUAGGGGACCCCGUCAAUUAUAUCGUCACGUUGGAAGUGCAGGAGAAACUGGAUGCUCUGAAGUCGCGGAACCCUCGGCUGUUUUUCCUGGAUCGAGAGAGGCAUAAUGCGAAGAAUGUCACCAUUGACCUCUGGAAGGGGCAGAGACGGUGUCAAAAUGGCACUGCCUAUGUCGAUACAACAGUGCGAGACAAGCUAACGCCGUUGGUGGGCGAAAUCUCGUACACAUUGCGUGGAGUGAGGGAAACUCGUGAUCUGAAACCAAUCCUGGGACUUGUCACCUCUGUCACAGAUCAGCUGUCCAUACAGAAAAACUGCGGAACCGACAACAUCUGCAUUCCUGAUCUCCAGGUCACAUCCAACCUGAAUCGGAAAACCUUCCUGCUGGGGAGUCAGGAGACACUGGAGCUGGAGGUGAUGGUGAAGAACGGAGGUGAAGAUGCCUACGAGGCGAUGACGUAUUUGCACCUACCUCCGGGAGUUUCCUUCGUUCGGGCAACGAAAUCCCUAUCUCACACUUCCCCCAUCCUCGUCCUCUGCACCCCCGAAAAGCGACUCCUCAAGUGCGACAUUGGAAACCCUCUCCCAACAAAUGGAAAGGUGGCGUUUAAGGUGACGCUGCAGCCGCAAGCGUUGAAGGAAGACGAGGAGAGUACGUUGAAGGCUCUCAAGUUCCAAUUAGAGGUGAAUUCCACUAAUCCCGAGGAAGAAGGAUCUACGAAUGACAACUCCCAGACUAUCUCUGUCGACAUCCAGGUCGAAACGGAUCUCAUCCUCUCUGGGGUGACGAUUCCGGAGACGUUGAGGUACAACCGAAGCGACUUCAAGCUGAAGGAUCACGCUGUGUUGUCGGAUAUCGGACCUGAGGUCACCCAUCGAUACUUCCUUGAAAAUAAAGGACCCUCAGGGAUAUCCGAGGCCGAGGCUUACGUACUGUGGCCUACUUGGGCCGAUUCCGGCGAUUAUCUUUUGUACCUGGUGGAGCAGCCGAAAACGGAGGGGUCAGGAUUCUGCGAAAAAGUCGCUGAUGUCAACCCCCUCAACCUCCAUGAGCCGGUGAAGCAGAAGGAGCAGAGGAGGAAUGCCAUACCGCCCGAGAAACCUUCAUCCAACAACGAACUCAGGCAAAAACGGAAAGCGCAGCCUGAAUAUAUGUGGAUGCCCCAAUACGAGAAAGAGGUGAAGGACUGCGAGCAUGGGCGCACCAAGUGCACCAUCAUCAAGUGCACCGUGGGCCCCCUGGCUCAAGGCGAGAAAUUCAUCCUGACCUUGAACAGUCGACUUUGGAUCUCCACGCUCAGCUCCCUGGGCUACGCAGACGUGGCGAUCUUGUCCAAGAUGGUGUCUCGGGUGACGUCGUUACCCCACCGGGUGGACCCAGGCUACCUUGGGUACAAGGUAACCCAGGCGAGGUCGGUGAUCAACCCGGAAGAUGAGCGAUUCGGGGAUCGCCCCGUGGCCUGGUGGAUCUACGUCCUUGCCGUCUUUGGUGGCCUCCUUCUCCUCGCACUCCUCAUCCUCCUCCUAUACAAGUUGGGUUUCUUCAAGAGGAAGAGGCCGAAGGAAUCCCCCGGGAUGGGACCGGAAGUGGAACGAGAGCCCCUAAAUGGCUAUGACCAUAAGUACAAUUACCAUCAAGGAGAUGCCGCCUUGUGAUCCAAGUGAUUUUUAUGGGCUCUGCAUUGAUUCGACCAAGGAAAAAGAAAAUAGAGACCCCAAGACGCACAGUACGUGUGCCAUGUGUUCAGAUGACACUAGAGCAUUGGAGGGAAGCAGGCUAGGACUUUUGGGGGCUCGCUAUCCAUUCAUCCUACUUUCUGCUCAUUUUUUGUUGUCUUUUUCUUGUUUCGGAGGA